UGCGAAUCGUUGCUAAAAAACAAAUCAACUCGUUACCAAUUAACUCUCAACUAAGCCAAUUUCGUUCAAAAUUUUCCGUGUCUCUUUGUCAAAUCUUUCUUGAGAAAGCAUGUCUCUGGUGCCAUUGCUAUUCUCCGAAUGGUGGGAGGACCUGGAAUAUCCACAUCGGGUUUUCGAUCAAAACUUCGGUCUGGGCAUUCAUCCGGACCAACUGACACACCCCAACAUCCUCGAACGCUUCGCGCUGCAACAACCAUCCCGGCGUCUACGUCCAGGGCCUGUGAUAUAUUAUAAUCGACCAUGGGGCGAACUGUUACGCAGCAGAGAAGAAGGAGGCAUAUCGACCGUUAAGGCGGAUAAAGACAAGUUCCAAGUGAUGUUGGAUGUGCAACAAUUCAAACCGGAAGAGAUCAAUGUCAAAGUCGUGGACAAAUUUGUGAUAGUCGAGGCUAAACAUGAGGAGAAGCAGGAUGAGCACGGCUGGAUCUCACGGCAGUUUGUGCGCAAAUAUAUGAUACCUGAACAGUGCGAUAUCGAUCAGGUGUCGUCGAGCUUGUCAUCAGAUGGUAUGCUGAGCAUCACCGCACCUAGGAAGGAUAAACCGAAGUCGCAAAUCGAACGGACGAUCAAGAUCCAACAUACCGGUAAACCGGCGAUCCAGGAGAAGGCGCAAGAGAAGGUACAGGAAAAGGCGCAGGAGAAGGCACAGGAGAAAACUCAGGAAAAGAAGAAAUAAAAAUAGAG